AUGUCCCGAGCGUCAAAGGAGAGCCAGCGGACAGCGCAGAAGCCCGUGGAACUGCAGCUUGAUCCCAAGUACGAUGACUACGACUAUCCUACGACGGCACCAGAAGUGCAGUCCGGCCAUCCCGGCCAUACAACGAAGGAACAAGAUGCCCAAGUAUUUCAGCUGCGGAGUAUGCUUGAGGCAGAGGGAUACACAGAGCGACUGGACACGCUGACCCUCCUUCGCUUCCUGAGAGCACGCAAGUUCGAUGUGAACUUGUCGAAGCAGAUGUUCGUCAACAAUGAGAAGUGGCGCAAGGACUUCGGGACGGAGGAGCUGACCCGAACCUUCAAGUACACCGAGAAGCCGGAAGUGUCAAAAUACUACCCUCAGUACUACCACAAGACAGACAAGGACGGACGGCCGGUGUACAUUGAGCAGUACGGCGGCAUCGACCUGAAUGCGAUGUAUAAAAUCACAACCCAGGAGCGUAUGCUGCAGAACCUUGUCGUCGAAUACGAAAAAGUAGCCGACCCACGCCUUCCUGCCUGCUCACGAAAGGCUGGCAAGCUUCUCGAAACGUGCUGCACGAUCAUGGACAUGAAAGGCGUGGGCGUCACCAAGAUCUCCUCUGUCUAUGGCUACGUCAAAUCCACGUCAUCUAUCUCACAGGACCACUACCCGGAGCGAUUGGGCAAGAUGUACAUCAUCAAUGCGCCUUGGGGUUUCGCGUCAGCGUUCAGUUUCAUAAAAGGUUUCCUCGAUCCCGUCACCGUUGCCAAAAUUCAUGUUCUCGGAAGCGGCUACCAGUCAGAGCUACUGGCCCAGAUCCCCGCAGAAAAUCUACCAAAGCAGUUCGGUGGAAAGUGCGAAUGUCAAGGCGGGUGUGAGUGGAGUGACGCUGGUCCAUGGCAAGAUCCCCAAUAUGUCAAGCCGGCGAAAUGGGAGAAGCAGAGCGAUGCUCCAGCUGCCGCUGCACCGGCAGCGGAUGCUAAAGCUGCCGAGGCUGCUCCGGCCACACCUGCUGCUCCUGCGGAAGCCGCGACGAAGCCUGCUGCUUAG